UAUUGUAUUGUCACUAUUGGGUCAUGACUGCAUUUGUAUAUUCAGACGUUGACUGAACAGCACUUCGCCUACGGCAACAUGUCUAUGCAAAGAAUAUGAUGUUUAAUUAUACAUGAGAACGGUGUUUCUGGCACAGACAAGAAGAAGCUUGACUAGAUAAAUACUUUACGAUAUCUGAUUUUUCGGGAUCGACUUUCGUCUCAGAUAGUGUAUCGAGCGAGUUCCUGUUGGAGCUGUUACUCGUAAUAUUGGAAUAGAAACACUCGCUCAUUUUUAUAGUGCUCCUGCUGCUGCUAUUUACAGUAGUGAACUGUACCAGUCUGGUGUACUUCUUAUUAUACAGCCAGCUGUUGUGGUCGAUGAGAGUUUGUUGUCCGGGACAAAGGUUUAUUGCCUCAAAGUAAUGGAAUACUUAUCAUAAUGACAGCUACACCUAAAUAUAACAAGAGGAGGUUUUAUUGCUUGCUAGAUAAGCAUACCUGACAUCUGUGGUGUGAAGAUGGGGAGCUCUUCAUCGAAAUUCCGGAAAUAUUUGCAGAAUGGCGAUGAAAUAGCUGCUCUAAAUGUAUAUAAUGGUAACAAUGAGUUUCGUAAAUCACUGGAUCCCAACAGUUCUUAUGGUGACUCUUGUAACCAUGAGACACCUGUCCAUUAUGCAUCAAGGCAUGGUAUGAGAACAUUACUACGGAUAUUUCUUCAUAAUCAUCACGGGAACCCCAAUAAGACGAAUUCUCGAAAAGAAACAGCUCUUCAUUAUGUGUGUCAAGAAAGAAACAGUCAGUACUAUACAGUACGCCAAAGACGGUGUGAUUGUUUGAACCUUAUCCUUCAGUGGAGGGGUGCUACUCUCAAGGAUGGUCAAACAGAAAAAGUGGAUCUAGCAGCCCAAGAUGAAAAACUGAAUACUGCUUUGCAUUACGCAUCUUCAUCAGGUCUGAAAAAUUGUGUUGAGUUACUUGUACAAAAUGGAUCUCCGUUAUUUAUAGAAAAUGUAGAUCAACUGACACCUUGUGAUAUUGCGGAAAAAAAUGGACAUGGAGACAUUGCUUUGUUUUUGGAAUCAAAAAUGGUGUUCUCUAAUGAAGGUUCCCAAGAGGAUCAUGAAGAGGUGGUUAUUCCUGUUAGUGAUACAGAGGAAUAUAGUGGUCUCCGUACUCAAGACUUACAAGAAGUAAAAGAUCAGCUGCUAGUUGAGACAGCUGAUAUGUUGAGUGUCCCACUCUUUACUGCUGAAGCUCUCCUUAGAAACCAUGAAUGGUCCCGAGAAACUUUAUUAGAAGCUUGGAUGACUGAUCCUUUCGCAUGCUGUGAAAAAUGCGGAGUAACUCCUCCACCAAGUCUGUACAGUGAUCAGCCAAUACUUCCAGAAACUCUCAACAGUCCAACCACUUCCGAACCACCAGAGCAAGACGCUAUUUGUGAUAUAUGUACCUGUACAUUUAUGAUGUCAGAAGAACCAGUUCAUAUGCCUUGUGAGCACCGAUUUUGUCGUUCUUGUUGGGAACAAUAUCUCAAUUUAAAAAUUCAAGAAGGUGAUGCUCAUCAUAUUACAUGCCCUGGUUAUGACUGCAGUCGACUUGUACCUGUUGAUGUGAUAGAAAACGUUGUGUCAAGACCCAUGGCCAGACGCUAUUUACAAUUUGAUAUAAAAGCUUUUGUUGAUAGCAAUCCUUCUAUGAAGUGGUGCCCUUACCCAGGUUGUGCUAGAGCAGUUCACCUACCAGAAAUUGAAAAUAACACAGGAUCUAAUUCGUUACUGUCUACCGUUAAAAUACCAGAAGAUACUUCUCGAGCUGUUGACUGCGGGAAUGGUCAUUAUUUCUGUUGGAAUUGUUUAGGUGAAGCCCAUGAACCUUGCUGCUGUGAUAACUGGAAACAAUGGCAUCAGAAAAUAGCAGAAAUCAAACCAGAGCAAUUCAUACCUUCCCACUACCACUUAACUGGUUACUUAGUGGAUCAGCAAAAGAGAUCAAUAGAAUAUGUACCAAACUUCAAGCAAAAGAUAAAUGGAACUGAAGUAGAAACUGAAGCUGCUGCCAACUGCUUAUGGCUAGUGACUAAUUCAAAGCCUUGCCCCAAUUGUAAAUCUCCCAUCCAGAAGAACGAAGGAUGUAACCAUAUGAAAUGUUCUAAAUGUAAAUAUGAUUUCUGCUGGGUCUGUUUGGAACAAUGGAAACGUCACAAUUCCAGUACUGGGGGCUAUUUUAAAUGUAACCGGUAUGAAGCUGUCAAGAAAGUUGAACAACAAACUCAGUUACUAUUAUCAGAGGCUCAAGCCAGGAAUACUCAAAUGCAAGAACUCAAUCGGUUUGUUCAUUUCUAUACUCGAUUUAAGAACCACGAAAAUAGCUACAAGCUUGAAGUACCACUCCUGAAUACUGCUAAAGAAAAAAUGAUGAAGUUAGCUGAAGCUGUGACUGAUCAUGUAUCUGCCAAAUUAGAGACCAAAUUUGUUGAAGAUGCGGUUCAUCAGUUGUUGAAAGCAAGAUGUGUUUUGAAGUGUUCUUAUGUCUAUGCAUACUAUUUGGAUGGCCCAGGCUACAAAAAAAUAGUGUUUGAAUGUAUGCAGACAGAGUUGGAAGAAUGUACUGAAAUUUUAUCUCAGAUAGUAAACCGUCUUUAUCUGCGGACUCCACGUAGAAGAAUAAUUGAACAAGCUCAUAUAGUUCAGCGUAAGAGACAUGAAUUUAUUGCUGCAAUUGUGAAAGGUUUGGUACCUCCUGAAACCCCACCAGCCAUGCGAAAACGCAAAAGAAAAAAAUAUAGUAUAGAUCUGGAAGAUGAAGAGCUACGUAAAGCUAUCUUGGCAUCUAUUCAAGAAGUUGAUCCUGCCAAUCCUUGGAUAAAAGAUGCUUCAGGUCGACACACCAAUGUCAUGGCUGUUCUGGACUGGCCAGAUUCAGACAGUGACAGUUCAGAAGCUGAUACAACUGGAACUUCACUGAAAUCUAUUGGGAAAUGUUCCCGUUCUGGCUGCAAUCGUCUUCAGGCUUUGAAUCCUCGGACUGGAAUCUUACAUGAUCACUGCAGUCUUCAUUGCUUGCAUUUGGAUCACCAGAAGAAUAAUAGCAAGCAACAAGAUGGCUUACCUGAAGUGUUCCUUGAUGAACAGAUGGAACUGUUAAGAGCACUAGAAAUGUCCAGAUUGCAGUACAUGAGAGAAACUGGACUUCUCAACAUUCCACAAGCAAAUUCUGAAAUUGAUAUCAACUCCUUAGAUGCCCAAGAUAAUGGUUUCUCCACUGCUGCUCCUAAUCCAGGCUUGAAUGAAUCUCAUGAUACCAAUAUGUCAGAACCAUUAACUACUAAUCAAACUGACCAAAAUUCUUCAAAUGAAUUCAGCCACCAACUUCAGACCAUGUUGUCCAAUAUUUUAAAUGAAGCUGUAGAACAAAUGCAGUCUAAUUCCUCUGAUGUGUGGGUUAAAAGAGAUUUGUCCAAAACAGAAAAUGUGGAUCCUGCAACACCAGUAAAAAGUCCUAGCAGCAAUGAGAACAUCCUUUCAAGAUCCUGUAAUUCCAAAAUGUCAUUACAAUCCGAAAUUGCAACUGAAGAACUCGAGCAACUCGGAGCUUAUGCAGGAGCCCAAACAAAACCACUACCCGUAUCACCCCCCUCCACUAACUCUUGUUUUGGUAUUAUAAAGGAUUUAUCAGUAACAAAUAUCCUUGCUACAGAUGAGGAUAAGACCAAUAGCUUUUUGAAUAAAGACUUCAGUUUUGGCAUUAAAAAAAAUGAAAUUAGCACCCAAUUUCAAGAUGCUUCAAUCUCUCAGAGUCGUUCAAAAUCUUUUGACAGUUCAACCGAGUUAAAUCAGUCAUUAGAUAUUUCAGCUAAUAACUGUUUAAAAAAAGUUGAAAUGACUGCUGACUGUAGUGAUGGAGAGAAUGAGAAGCCUACAGGUAAAUCAAACUUUGUUGAGAAAGCCCAAAAUACAGUAAAACAUUUCGACACAGAUUGUGUGUCUUUGUUAGAAAUAUCACAAAAUUUAUUACACAUGACUGAAUCAUUAUUCGAAAAUAGUGAACAAGAUAUUGCAGUUGAUUCAUCCACGGAAGGUCCUAAUGAAACCAACACAUUAAAAUCACCAGAAGCAAGUACCAGAGACUUAACUGUUAAUGAUCUAAACACAGUGAGGAAUGGUAAUGAAGAUCAGGUGGAAGAAGGUUAUGGUAACCAAUGCACUGCUUCCUGUGAUCCAGCAGUGAGCCAAGAGGUAACUACAAGACCAAAUAACACUACCAAAGACCACAAUGAGGAAAGCAAUGGCCAAUAUUUUUCUGUUUAAUGUAUUUCUUUGAGAGGAAAAAAAAAAAAGAACAAAAAACAUGCCUAGCAUUGAAAUUGGUGAAUGGGUUCUAUAGAGUAUGGAAAUUUAGAAUGUAAUGCUUUUGAAAAUAAUAUUGCAUGUGGCCUGCAUUUCUUUAUUUUGAAAAAUGGUUUUUAAUGGUUGUAGAAGGCAUUCAUGUCGGUAAACUUAAAAACAUUUACCUCAAUUGUGAUUUUUGUAUUGUUGAUAUAUCAAAACUUGUUGUGUACAAACAAACCCUAUAUAUAUGUUUCAAAUUUGAUGAGAAUCUAGACUGCAAUAUACCACCUAUUUUGAUACCAGCCUCUGUUUCUAUGGUCAUUCAUAUUUUUGCAUUUUGGUGAAGAAAUAAAACUAUCUCUCAUUAUU